UGCAGUGUAAGGAAGGUUCGAAUCGUCGACAGAGACUCAUCGGAAUCCGACACCGGCGAACAGCCGCACACGGCGGAGAAGAAGCUUCGAGAAGCAUCGAUCGAAACUUCGAAUUCCAUGAUGGAGUUGCUCCAAACCCUUCCUCCACCCACUCACCUCUCACCCUCCGCACUCUCCUUUCUCGACCACAAGUUCCACACCAAACUCGCCCUCGCGGAGGCUCCGAGUUUCGUCUCUGAGCUUCAAAUUCAGUGCUCCGAGUUGGAUCGGGCUCUGUCCGAGUUGACUCGGAGACUCGGAGCUGGUCUCGCUGCGUACGCAUCGUUCUCCGGCGAAAUCCACGGCCUCUUCGGCGACGUCACCGCCAGGUUGAACGCUCUCUCGUCCACUUGCUCCUCCAGCACAGUGCCAGAUGGAGGAAGAGCCGAAGCGGAUGGCACUGUAGGGAAGGGUUUCAGAGAGGAACUUGCGACCUUGGCCAAGGAAGUGGCUAGGUUGGAGACGGUUCGUGUUUAUGCAGAGACAGCACUGAAACUUGAUACUUUGGUUGGUGAUAUUGAAGAUGCUGUAUCAUAUACCAUGAGUAAAACCCUGAGGAAGCCUUCUUCUAAUCAGAACUCACAAGAAAUGCAUCUGCUUGCCAUUAAAACGCUUAAAAUGGCAGAAGAAAUAUUAACUUUGAUUACCAAGACACACCCUCAGUGGAAGCAUCUUGUAUCUGCUGUUGAUCAUCGAGUAGACCGAGCUCUGGCCAUUUUAAGACCUCAGGCAAUUGCCGAUCAUCGGGCACUUCUAGCUUCGCUUGGAUGGCCCCCGCCUAUUUCUUCUCUGACCUCCUUGUACUCAGAUGCUAGAACUGCUAAUCAAGUCUUGAAUCCUCUGCUGAGCAUGCAAGCGGAUCUUAAACUCAAAUACUCCGAAAAUUUUCUCGCUUUAUGUAAUCUACAAGAGUUGCAGAGGCAAAGGAAAGCUAGGCAACUUGAGGGGCAUGACAGGGAAGUUGCUCUACGACAACCACUUUGGGUAAUUGAAGAGCUUGUGAAUCCCUUGGCAUUGGCUUCCCAACGACAUUUCUCAAAAUGGGUUGAUAAACCUGAAUUUAUUUUUACUCUCGUGUAUAAGAUCACAAGGGAUUAUGUUGAUUCUGUGGAUGAAAUGUUGCAGCCAUUGGUUGAUGAAGCAAAGUUAAUUGGCUAUAGUUGCAGAGAAGAAUGGAUCUCUGCAAUGGUAACAUCCUUAUCCACAUACUUGGUAAAAGAAAUAUUCCCCAGUUACAUUAGUCAACUAGAUGAGGAGAGUGUUACAGGUAUUCAGUCAUCUGCUAGAAUAUCAUGGCUGCAUCUCAUUGACUUGAUGAUAGCUUUUGACAAAAGGAUUAAGUCGUUGGUAGAGCAUUCUGGAGUUUUGCUUUCCUUUGAUGAUGAUGAUAUCUUGCAGAAAAUUUCUUCUCUAUCUGUAUUUUGUGAUCGGCCAGACUGGCUUGAUCUAUGGGCAGAAAUAGAACUAGGUGAUGCCCUAGAUAAGUUGAAACCAGAUAUAGAAGAUGAAAAUAAAUGGAGAAAGAAAGUUGAAGGUGUAGUAGUUCUUUCAUCAUGUACUGAUGAUCUCAAGUCUCCUCUGGUUUCCAGUGUCUUUCUUCACCGUCUAGCAUCUGUUAUUGAUCGUUGUAGAUCAUUGCCUAGUGUUACUUUGAGGUCAAGAUUUCUCAGAUUAGCAGGUGUGCCUAUUAUAAGAAUUUUUUUUGAUUCCAUAGUUACUCGCUGCCAAGAAGCUGAAGGAUUGACUGCCCUAACUGAUGAUGAUGCUUUGAUUAAAGUUGCAAUUUCCAUCAAUGCUGCUCUUUACUUUGAAACUGUUUUAAAGGAAUGGUCUGAGGAUGUCUUUUUCCUGGAGAUGGGCAUGGAUGAGGAUGAUAUAGCGGAAUUGUCAAGUAAUGCAAAUAGAGACGGUGAAGGGCUUCCAGAGAGUUCAGGAAGGGUUAUCUUUGAUGACGAGAUCAAAAAGUUGGAAGAGUUCAGAGCAGAAUGGGUUGAAAAGAUAUCUCUAGUUAUUUGCAGAGGAUUCGAUGCUCGUUCUCGAGAGUAUAUGAAGAACAAGAGGCAAUGGCAAAAGGGUGAAGAAGGAUGGACUGUGUCAAAGUCUUUAAUAGAGACCCUGGAUUAUCUGCAAGGUAAAAUGUCAGUGGUAGAAGUAGGUUUGAAUAGUAGGGACUUUGUUGGGGUUUGGAGAAGUUUGGCAGCAGGAAUUGAUCGAUUAAUUUUUAAUGGUAUUCUUAUAAGCAAUGUAAAAUUUCAUAAUGGUGGUGUUGAAAGAUUUGGUAAUGACUUGGAUGCUUUAUUUGGGGUAUUUGGGGCAUGGUGUUUGAGACCAGAAGGUUUUUUCCCAAAAGCAAGUGAAGGUCUUAAGUUGUUGAAGAUGGAUGAAAACAGAGUGCAAGAAUGUAUGACAGGAGGGAAGAGAUGGUUGAAGGAGAAUGGGAUAAGGCAUUUGAGUGAGACUGAAGCAGAAAAGGUUUUGAAGAGUAGAAUGUUCACGAGUUGAAGCUUUUGGCUUACUUUUUUGCACAUGCACAGCAGAAAUGGCAUAAGGACUUGUGAAGAUUUAGGGGGACAGUUUCGUGGUGUACUUGACUACAGACCAGCUGAACUAAUUCAAUUUUGCAAAGUUGCAAUAAAAUUUCUUUUUAAUUUAGAAUAUUCUCAGUCAUUGCCUUAGUGACCACGUAACUGAAAUAUGAGGCAAGAUCAAUCGAUUAUUUCUAGAUGCUUAAUUAUACUGUAAAUGUGCAAUGAGGAAAACAAUUCUUCCUAUUCUUAUAAUUUAUAAUUUUUUUAUACUGGCAUUUGAAUUUUGAAAUGAAAA